AUGCUCAAUGGGUCAAGCCCCCAGGCUGGCAAAAUUUGGAAAAAGGCAUCACUGACCUUCACCUAUGAUGGCAAAAAGAUGACGGAAACAUUCCUCAUCUGUAACACCAGAAACCACUUGGCUAUCCUAGGUUUGAAAUGGUUAGAUGCCCACAAUCCAGAAAUUGAUUGGAACUCCUGCACCCUAUCCUUUCCUCACAUGCCACCAGAACAUGUAGCCAUUGCCAAAGAGGAAGAAGCUGAUCAAAAUCCCCUUGAAGGAGUACCCUCCAAAUACCAUCAAUAUGCCAAAGUAUUUGGAGAGGAAGAAUUCAACAAGCUUCCUCCACAUAGGCAUUAUGACAUUGGAAUCAAAUUGACAGAAGAAGGCCUGCUUAACUUGCCCCUAUACAGCAUGACCAAUGCCAAAUCUGCCACACUUAAAGAUUGGCUCAGGGACAAGCUCAAAGCUGGUAAAAUCAACCCCAGCAAAUCUUCUAUCAGUUCCCCUGUCAUGUUUGUUCCAAAAAAGGAUGGCUCCCACUGCUUAGUUGUAGAUUACUGGUGUCUAAAUAACUGGACAAAAAAGAAUGUAUACCCACUCCCUUGCCUGGACAACCUAAUGGCCCAGCUCUGUGGUGCCAAGGUUUUUACCAAACUAGAUCUGCAAUGGGGUUACAACAAUGUCCAAGUUAAGGAAGGAGACAAAUGGAAGACUGCCUUUUGCACCAAGUAUGGCCUCUACAAGUCACUGGUUAUGACAUUUGGAUUGAUAAAUGCCCCUGCCACAUUCCAACACUUUAUGAACAAGCUGUUCAAGGAUCUCUUGGAUGCAUGCGUCAUCAUCUACCUGGAUGACAUCCUAAUCUACUCCCAGGAUGACAAAACCCAUACCCAGCACGUUCACAAGGUCCUGCAGCGUCUAAUGGCAAACCAACUGUUCUGCAAGGCAUCAAAAUGCACCUUCCACAUCACAUUGGUGGAAUACCUGGGAAUCAUUGUUUUUGAUAAAGGGUUCAGCCUGGAUAAGCUCAAAAUCCAGGCAGUUCAGGAAUGGCCAAUGCCUACAAAGGUUAAAGAGGUCCAAUUGUUCUUGGGAUUUGCAAACUUCCUCUGUCAAUUUGUUGCCAACUAUAGUCACAUGGCCAGACCCCUACACAACUUGGUUAAAAAAGAGGCACUGUGGAACUGGGAUACCAAGGAAAAAGAAGCAUUCCAAGGGUUAAAGAAUGCUAUCACUAAUGCCCCUGUACUCUGCCAUGCAGACCCUACCAAGCCCUACUUCCUGGAAAUGGAUGCAUCCAGCGCAGCUUUGGGUUCUAUACUUAGUCAAUGGCAGGAAGAUGGUUGCCUACAUCCAUUAGGAUUUUUGUCAGAAUCAUUCAAGGGUGCCAAACAGAAUUACAACACCUACAACAAAGAACUUUUGGCAAUCAUCCAAUCAUUUGAGUACUGGCGCAUCUUCCUCAAAGGAACCUUACACCCCAUUACAGUAUUCACCAAUCACUGCAACUUGGAAUACUGGAAGGAAUCUUGGACAUUCAACUGCUGUCACACUAGAUGGCAUCUACUACUAGCCAGGUACCAUUUCCAAAUUUUCUAUUGCCCAGGGAAGCAAUCAGAGAAACCAGAUGCCCUCUCAUGCUGUUCCAAUCAUGCCAACAUUCCUCCUGCCAAUCAGACCAUGCUCCCAGUGUCCUAG